UGUGUACAAAGGUAUACGCAUUUAAAUCGAGUACGUACAGGUAUAUUGCAACCCAAAACUCGUGCGAGUAUUCGAUUAUAAUCGACAUAAUUUACCAGAGAAAACGAUUGCGGGUAAUUGAAUUAAAGUCUCUGCGAACAGCGGAUCGAAAGUUGCAGCCAAAAUAUGGAAAACUCCGUAUUUUCUGCGAAUUUUUUCCGCUGUUGGUCUUGCAAUGUUCAAGGUGUUUUAUCUUUGAAUUUCUGGAGAAUUACAAAGACACUAACUAGCUAACCCUUUUUGAUGGACAAGAGCAGUCAUUAAAGGUUUACCUGAUAACUCUGAAACCAAAACGAUUUUACCUACGUCCGACGCUCGACCUUAGCUGGAGCUGUAAAAUCGUUCGUUAUAAGUAUCACUAGACACAUUUGCCAUGCCACGUAGCAACCCGCUACGCCCGACUCCCAGUCCCAAGUCCGAUUUGGCAGAUCUUUGUAUGGCAUUCGGCGGAAACUAGGACGCCGCUAGAACAAAGCGUGACCGAAGUCUGCGAAGCGGAGAGAGGGAAUCGUCGUUGGUGACAGAGCUUCUGCCAGCAGCUGAUUCCACUAGCUGCAGCACUAAAGAGCUAGCUGCUGGUCGGAGUUUGAGAAGCAAUACUAGAAUUUACUAUAGUUUCAAUUAUUAGCAAAUCCUACAGCAAGAUGUUAUCCAAUUUCAAUUUUUCGGCAAUUCUUUUCUUACUGACUGUAUCUCUCCAGGUUACAUAUUGCCGUUCGCGACCCAACUCUAACCAAGCAACGUCAGCAGGAGAAAAUUUUGAUGUUAUCGUUUUCACUCAACAUUGGCCAGAGACAGUUUGCUCCCAGUGGAAAGAAAAGGUUCCAUCUCAUCGUUGCUUUUUACCAAGGCAAGAGGAGUGGACAAUCCAUGGAAUUUGGCCUACUCAGUUCCACAAAAUUGGCCCACUUUUCUGCAAUAAGACACAGGGUUUUAAUGCGUCUACUUUAAUCCCAAUAAUACAUCAGUUAGAUGAGAAAUGGAUAAACAUUGAAGAUGGAACACCACACUUUUCAUUCUGGAAACAUGAGUGGGACAAACAUGGUACCUGUGCAUCCGUCCUUGAACCUUUGAAUACAGAAUUGAAAUAUUUUCAAAAAGGAUUGGAUCUGUUGAAAGAAUAUGACAUGACUCAUGUGCUUGCCAAGGCAGGAAUAUUCGUUGGUCAAGCUUAUGCCGUAGAGCAAAUCAUUAGUGGUGUGGAAAAGAUUUUAGGAAAAACUAUUGAGGUCGAGUGUAUCAAAAAUCCGAAAACGCAUGAAUCUUACAUAUUCGAAAUACGGAUUUGCCUGGAUAAAGGCUUGAAGCUGACUGAUUGUGACAACAUCGUUGACUUUCCUUCAAACUGUGAUCGGAAGAAGCCAGUGAAUUAUCCCAGUGCAGUUCCAUCCAAUUACAAUGUUAUAUUAGUAAAAUAGUAAUCAAUACGUUCAAACUAGGCAAAUUGAAAAUUGUAUAAUGUAUUAUGAGUGUAUUUUUGUCUAUUGCCAUUAUACAGCAACCCAGAAAUAUCUAGCAACUUAACUACUGUAAUGUAAUAAUGUAACUCGAAGAAAAUACGAUGUUUCAGUGUCAAGUUUUGUGACAGGAAACUAGUGACUGAUAAAAGCAUAACUUAUUUAUUUUUUUUUUUUUUUAGAAAAAUUAUACACAUUGGAAUAAAAAAAAUGUACUGUACCUAUUAUAUGCACUUUUUCAAGUACCCAAAGAGCUGUUUGGUGAACGGGCAAUCCAAACGAGUUAUCUCAUGCUCAUACAUUAUUACAAGAAAUUCAAAAUUGAUUGAUGUGCCAAGUUAAAAUCCAGUUACAGAAUGAUUGAAUGUACGUAUUACAGCAACGUUACAAAUAGUGGUCUAUGAAUGGUAUGAAUAACAAUUUUAUGGUAUUAAAGUGCUUUAAUUUACAUUAUUUUAUGUAGUUAGUAUUAAUGUUUAUCAAAUUGUAAUCGCAUUACGCAGUUUAUAAUGCCAUUAAGACACUAAUUUCUGCUACUGUAA